AUGAUCCUCUUUGCUAAUGUCACUCGUGGACUGGGCAGGAAGACCAGCUUCUCUGCCACUGUAAAGAAUGUGUUCAGAGAAACUGCAUCACUCUCAGUGGCCCUGGAGCGCAGGCGGGAUGGCAGCAACAGGCAGUACUCUGUGGAGGCGGAGCUCCUGUUACCCGGUGUGGUUGGUACCAGGAUGCUGGGACUGAUGGAGCAGAAGGGCUCACUGUGGAGCUCCGCACUUAGGCUCAGAUAUGGUCUGGGAGGUGAUGCCCGGCACCUGCGUCAGGAGUGCUACAUGUCUCAGAGACUCCGGAGUGAGAGGGACUCUAACCUCACAUACAUCAUGAGAGCGGAUCAUGAAUUCUACUGCUCCAACACGGCUCCUAUAAACCACAAGAUCCACCUCAGGCACGAGGAAAGCCCCAUCCACAUUAAAUCAUCCCUGGACAUGAGCUAUGGCAAACACUGGGAUGAGAUUAACAACAAACGCACACUUCUGCUGAGCCAGUCCUUCAAAAACCAAUCCACACAAAAUCAUACCAGCUACAUACUGGAGUUCAAUCUCCAGGUGCCAGAGAAGAAUUUAAACUACAGGACUCAGCUGCUGCACUCUCACUUGAGACAGCCUGGAUCUGAGAGCAGCACUCACCUUAAAGUCAACUACAACAACCUGAUGCCGCUGGUGGCUGGAUUACACUGGAAAAGCCCCCCAAGGGACACCCAACAAAAAAAAUGGGAAGGCACAUUUAACAUGGACACGCCGUGGCUGUACAUCUAUUCUGCCCACAAACUGAGCCAGCACCAACGCCACACGUUCCAGCUCACCUCAGAGCUGACAGCCAGCAAGUGGCUGACCAUCCGUAACCUCAUGCUAGAAGGUUUCUACAAGGACAGGGGCAGAGAGAGGGAGGCCCGUCUGGAGCUCUACACACCAGCUACCACCUACAUCCAAGCUGGUGGGUGGGGCGUGGUGGGGAAGCGCAGUGUUAAGGCCUCCGGCUCACUGAGCUCCUUGUGGACUCCUCCUUUGAGAGGAGACGUAUCUCUGGAGACCUCUAAAUUCAGCCACACCCUGCAGAUGGCCUCCACCUACGGCAAGCACAACGUCAGCAUGGCUGCUGCCCUGAACACCGUGGAUAAGAAUUUAAAAAAGAGGCAAGCGAUAGUGAAGAUGACCUUCUCAAAGCCGAAGAGUGAGUCCACAGAACUGGAGUUUGAGGGAGUGGUAGAGGAGCUGAAGAAGGACAAGAAGAUGUAUCAGAAGACGGCGAUGCUCCAGCUCAGACAGCCCUUUCAGACCUUCCCCCAGACUCUCGUUCUGCGGGAGACUUUCACUGUCGACCUUCUCAAAGGCCUCUACAUCCUGCAGUCGAAAGCUAGUUUCCAUGUCAACAAAGAGGUCAUUCACACCCUCACCCUUGGCUACCAGCCACCGAGCCCGUUUGUUUGUUCUGCACUCAUCCAUCCUUUCAGCUCUGACAUUAUUCCAUCAGACUCAGAAAUCUGUGUGACCGUAACCAGCAACAAGACCCAGAAAGGUGUGCAAGGGAGGUUACGUGUCGGUAGCAAAGAGAGAAUGACUUUUUUCGGACAAGUUCAGUUAAACCCUUUGAACUCAAGUCGCCAAGCGAUAAACAUCAGAGCCAACUUCACUCAUCAGCUGCAGCUGCAGCUCCCCUCCUCCGCUAUAGUGGAAGGAAAUGUAUGUUGGUCCCCCAAAAACAACAGUGACUUUGAUUAUCAGGCCACAGGGAAACUGAGAGUAGAGCGACAGGAGUGUCAAGUAAAGGCCACUGCAGACAUUUUUGCAGUGGCUGGUACAGGAAGUAGCUCAGUGCAUGUUCGGGCUGAUGGCAAGGACAGGGUGAAGCUGGACACCCAGAUGUCCCACUCCUUCCAUAGGGGACACAGAGCUGUGGGACUGAGGAUGAAUGUAUCGCAGAGCCUUCUGCCUUCUGCCACUGAUCUGCAUGUAAACAUGGUUGCCAACAUGUCCUCAGACAGCGUGUCUCUACAUGGCGCCUACACACAGGGGCAUGAGGCUCUGCUGGCUAAGGUCAAAGGCUCUCUACAAGACACACGGGGUCUCCAGCUGGCUGUGUCUGGGGAUCUGAGGCACUCCAUGGCCAACCUCGCUAUUUUGCCUCCAGUCCUGGGGUUGGAUGGGGUGCUUGGACAGUCUGACACCCUCAUUGAAGGACAGCUGAGAGUUAGAGUGAUGGAGACCCUGUACAGCGUGGAGCUGAGACAUCAGGAGGAUCCUGGAGAUUCUUCGGACAGAGAAGAUGAAGAAGGCAUGAUGGGAAAGAAAUUCCCCGUGGCCCGCGAUUGGCUGUGUGUUUGGUUAGGGAAGGAGCAUUUGUGUGUGAAUGCGAGCCGCCGACUGGGGGAUCAAGGUACGGGUGAGGUCACCACCAGACUGUCUCACUCCUUCCACUUGCUCAAUGCCACAGGUGUGCCUACCAGCAGUAAUGCCCGGUUAACGUGGGCACAAGAUGGCAGCCAACUGUCUGUCCUUGCAGAGCUGCAGGCUGGACCAGAACAUCUAAAAGCUGAGUUUAAUGGGGGCAAGACAGACCAGGUGUCCCCACGAUGGGAGAACUUCUGCAGGUUACAGCAUCAAGUCAAAGCCCUUAUGAAAAUAGGUGUUUCAAGCUCCAUGCAAGCCAAAGCACAUUACCAGUUAGAAACAGAAGGUCUGGACACAGGCUUUGUUCUUCACGUGGAUGACGACAGAAUGGUUGACAUUCUUCUUAAUGUUGGAUCAAAAAACAGCGCAGCCAUAUUGGUACUGUCUCUAUGGCAACAGAUAAAGAUGCUUCAGGGGGUUAUGCCCACCUCUUUACAGAUGAGCUGCACGGGGGACGCCACCGCAGACCGACUCUCAGCCCAGUGCUAUGGAAAUGUGGCGGGUCGCCCUGCGGAGGCUCUCUUGCCAUCGCAGACAUCAGCCAACAUCUCCAUCACCCGUUCUGGCUGCUCCACAAAUCUCAGUACCGUCCUCCAUGCUGAGGGGAAACAGAAAGGCAGCCUCAGUCUGCAUUUCACUUGUCACCCCUACCUUAGCCUGAAAGCAUCUGCACAGCACUCUAUAGAGGCAAUACAGAUGCUGGGAUUUCCUGCCCAUGGAGCGUUCAUCUUGAAGGUUUUAACUGCACAUCUGCCUGGUGUUGAGGUCGGCCUGGAGUUGGGACGUUGUUAUUUCAGGGGUAGUUUGGGAAAAACAGAGGCCUCACAGACAAAGGAGGAGCCGUCCUCAUACGUUGUGAAUGUGACCAACUACUGUCCUGCACUACAGGGAACGAUCCUCCCAGUGUCCCUGGCUCUCCAGGGUCUCCUUUCAACGGUCCCCUGCCAGUUAACCUUGACCUCAUCUCUGAGGGCAAACCACCAGGACCUCUCCCUUGAGCUAAGACAAUCCUGCAGACCACCGAAUCUCUCUGGGACCCUCAGACACUCCUUCCCUGGCCUUAGGAGUCAUGGUGUGCCCCAGGUGAUCACCAUAGAGACCACUGCUCCCGGAGGCCCUCAGCAGGCUGCAGCCCUGUUCAUUAAAGCUGGGACAUGUCACAUUAGAGCCAAUAGAGUCAAAGAGGUCAAAGGAAGGACACAGUGGCUCUGGGCUCUGGAGUCAAAGUGUCCAACGUUACAGGCUCAUCUGAAUGGCUCAGUAUGGCAGGAAACUCAGGGAAUCUGGACAGCGACCGUGGACAUCAAUCUAAAGGGCAAAAGGGGUUUCCUGAGGCUCAAUGGACGGGCCUGGCCGCAGCUGAGCGUGGAGGGCGAGCUCAGUCAAAACCUUCCUGCUCUCAAAGACUUACCAGAGCACAGCAGACUGAGAGUCGCUUGCAGGGCAGGUAAACAAAGAUAUGACACUGAAGCCCUCAUUCAGAUGGAGGAGUGUGCUGCCGGAGCCAGUGGAGUUGUGAUGUCACAGUCAGGCCUGCGAGGGACGCUGGUGUAUCACAACAACUGCACAGUGAUUCAGGAUUGGGGUAGUCCGGACAGGAUGCAGUCCUCUGUGUUUUUGGUUGUCUCCCCAGCUCUUGCAGAGUCUCAGGUCUCUAUGAUGAUGGAUGAUACAGAGUUACAGGCCUCAGUGGCUCUUCAGAAAACUAAGGAUAAAAAUGAAGCAUUGCUCGGUCUAAACCACUCUGUACCCCUGUUGAAGAAGCUGGGUCUCCCUGUUAAUGCUGCGGUGACGAUGAAUUAUGGGAGUCAUGGAAAUGGCUCAUACUUUUACCUGUUUCAAAGCAGUACAGGAAGCCAAAAGCUAACUCAGGAGGUGACAGUUUCAAAGAUGUCUGAAACAGUCAGACUGAAGAGCCAUUUUAGACACACAGUGAUCUAUCUGAAGAAAUUGCGAGUCCCUGCAAACAACAGCAUCCAGGUAGAGCUCGGCUCUGCUGAGGGGAAGGCCUUGAACUUGCAGUCCCAGUUUGGAGGUCAGCAGGCAGGAGUGAGGCUUCAGAUAAAAUCUCUCCCAGUGACCAAAGAAAUAAGAGGAACCGUAUGGCACAGCUGGUCUUGGCUACAGGAUAGAGGACUGCCACUUAACAUAGAGGGCCUGUGUUCCAUCCAGGGAGUCUUUCCUCAGCUUCAGUCCAGAGCCCGGCUCACUGUGGAUGGACACAAGCUGCUCGCCUCCGGUUUUAACGUCAGUAUGGCCGAUGGACGCCUGGCCCUGCUGCUCUCUUACUCUCCACCUGCUUCUUAUCAAACAGGGACACAGCACAGUCUGAACGCUACCCUGACUGCUCAGUUCAAAGGUCCUCUGCGGAGUGCCUCAGUAGAUAUUCAUUGUCAGGACUGGAGAGUGCGAGGAGUGGGGGAUGUAGGGGGCUGGGGAGCACACAGAGGAUCCAAGGAGGCCAGAGUCACACUAAAACACACUGUACAGGGACAAACCAGCCCUAACUUACAGGUGAGGACAACAUACAGUCAAAAUUCCCUCUACUUUGCUUCUUUGUGCUAUCCAUCACUAUGA